AUGGCUAUACAUUAUCACCAUGACAUUACUGCUCUGGAGACACUUAAAUUGCAACCUAUCUCGAAGCUUGCUCCGUUCUCCGCCCUCAUCAUUUCGAUAGUACUCGUCGUCCUUUUUCUGGCACGGUAUUAUGUUUUGGAAGGAUUUCUCAUAAAACGUAUCUAUGGUUCAAUCUAUACGAACCUGAGUGAAGUGAACCGACGCGGGUUCAUAAACCACCACAUUGCCGGUUUGACAAAGAUUCUAAUCCUAAUCGUCGCCGCAUACCCAUUCAUUGAAGUUGUCAUUGGGAAGUCGUCCUUCCACACACCCUACGCGCAUGGUUCCCGUGUGACAAUGGGCGACAUGCUGGUCGUUGUCUCCCAGAUGCUUAUUGGGAUGUACGCUUUCGAGCUGAUUUACCGCACAAAACUGUCGCCUAUCGCUGUGUUACAUCACAUCGGAACGAUUGUAAUUGGUCAAUCCGCAAUCGCAAUCAGCCUAGAUUUGGCCCGAGAGCCUGAUGCCGAUAUCGAGUUUGUUCUGUGCACAGUAUGGGGUGCCUUCGAUAUAAUCUCAGAAUUUUUCCCCCACUUGGCCAUCAUCCUCUACCGCGUCUUCCCCAACCGCCAUCGUUUUCUCAAACGCCUCUUCCUCCUAUCUUGCAUCACCACUGCCAUCGGAACAACCUGCGAAACUAUUGUUAUCUUUUUCCUUUUCGGCUCUCUGUGGGACCGAUGGCAGAUUGCCUUCAAGGUCGUCACCCCGCUACUUCAUAUUGCCUUUUCUGCGGCCCAGGUUCACGGCAGUGUUGUCUUUUGGAAGAUGUACAAGCGCCAACAGCAACUCGAGGGAGAGAUUGACGGAUUUGAUAUCGAAAAUGGGGAUAUUAGUGAGAUGCAUGUUCAUGCCGACAAGACGAAACCUUCGUCGUCUGGGUCAACGGUCGCUAUUGUCUAA